AUGACGCAAGUGCGCCGAGUUCCCGCCCCCAGACCCUCCCAUUGGCUGCCUCAGGCGUCGCAGGGCUCCCGCGCAGGCAGCGUGCGGCAUCCUGGGACUUGUAGUUCUCCCGGUUGUGGUCCCGGACUCCAGCUGUCAGGUCCUUGGGGCCGAAGCCCGGGUAAGCCCAAGACCGGGUACGGCCAUUUCGAGACGCGGAGCCGCACGUUCCCCUUUAUUAGUCCCGAUUCCCGCUCAUCUGCAGAAAAAUCUUUCCAUGCAGCAUGGUUGUACAAAAACCCCUCCCAUGAAGCCGUCGCGCCCCCAGGGUGUAAUCGCUCCUGCGGGAAACCGAGGCCUGGAGCGCUUCCCGCCCCUCAGCAGAGCCGCGUGCUCAGGGCUUCGUGCACGCUCGUGUGCUUCGUGCACGCUCGUGCAGACCCUGCAGAAACCUGGUUCCUGCUGGGCAAAGAUCUGUUCAGGGCGCCUGGAAUCCAGAAACUCCUUAUGGGGCCUAGGGUUUUAGUGGGAGACGGAGCUGCUCCAGAGCCCCUUUCCAUGCUCAACCCCCGACCAACCCAGCAUUUCACCCACAUUGGCAUUUCUGAGGGUCAUUCACUUCACGGACUUUCUCAACCAGGGCACUAGUGCCAUUUGGGAUGGAUUCAUUGCCGUGGGGACUGUCCUGUGCACUGUAGGGUGGUGAGCAGCAUCCCUGCCCCCUAACCACUAGAUACAGAUAGCAUCCCCAAGCCCCGCUCCACACAGCCCUUAGGAAAGUUCAGAAUAUCUCCAGGUGGCAAGGCAUGGUGGCUGACGCUCACGCCU